UACAUGACAAGGUCCCUAAACCAAUUUGAUGGGAAAGGGCAACAACAUUCCCAGCACCUCUUCGCUGAGGCUCUGGUGGGCGGAAUCCUAUUGGCAUUGUUUGGUGAACUGCUCCAGGCAAUUUAAUUUGGCACAUCACACGGCCACAGCCGAGGUGCGGGAACAUUUGCUGCCAAGCUGGAACUUCGGCACUCAUCCGGAGUUCAAGGUCUCCUUCGAUGGUUGGCUGGUGCCCACGGUCCGUGGUCAGAUCACCGGCACGGUGAGCAGCCUGGGCACCGGCGUGCGGCCUGAUUGGUCCAUGCACAUCACCGAUGCGAAGGGGUCAACGGUGGGCCAUGCACAUCAGCAUUUUGUGGUCGGCCCUCCAGACCAGGACAUGCGAGUGCUGUCGCGCUGGAAGGUGGUGACGGUGUUGGAAGGCCGGCUGCCACAUUGGAUGGUGGGUUUCUUGGCUGUUCUGGAUGACAUCGAGGAGGACAUCUACUAGUCAUGCGCGCCAUUCUUCGAACGACCAGCUGUGCAAGGGGCAUUGAGAUGGACUUCCACGAGGUCCACAGCGAAGGAACCCCCGACCGCCCCGCGGGUCGAGCUCCGCAGUCGAGCGCCCGACCGCGCGGUGUGAGCGGAUUCGAUGCGUCGUAGCGAGACAGGCGGAG